AUGGCGGCAAAGUCCCUGUCACCAGACCAGAACCGUCGUGCCAGCAUCGGCACAAUGGACGCCGACGACGAUCUUGAAGAGUCGUUCGACGUAAACAUGAGCGUCGAGGCCGUCGCGCAGCUCCUAGCUCUCAAAACCACGGAGCUCAUGCAGCUGCAACGCACUCACGAUGAAUACGUCAAGUCCAGCUGCGAGUACGAGCGCGAGCUGGAGAUCGAAGUGGAUCGGUACGAGAAGAAGACGCAGCAGCUUGAGUCGACUGCUCUUCAACUCGAUCGAGAUAAAAGUGACUUGAAUAGCAGCAUCAAUGAGGUCAAGGAUGAUCUGCAAGCUACACACCGUCGAGAGCACAUGCUCCAGACGCAACUGGAAGAGAUGAAGUGGAAGAUCCAGCGACUGGAACAAGCUAACGACGAGCUGGAGACAGCGGCUCGAGUUGCUCAAGCUACGAUCGAGGAUCUCCACCACAAGUCCGAGACGCUAUUGGAGCAGAAUGUGUUCCUACAGCAUGAGAAAGAGGAGCUCUUGAAGCAGCUCUCGUAUUUCAUCGUCGCCGAGGUGCACCCUACUCCUCCAAGGUCCGGAAGCACUCGUUUUCCCCGUAAAUCUUCCUCUCACCUCUCCGAGGCGGCUGCUCCUGUGGCUCCAGUUCCAGAAGAAAAUACGCAGAAAGGCAAAAGACGAAAAGGUCGUCGCCCAGAAGUACUCGAGACGUGUCUCCAUCUCACAUGUCGGAAGUGUCGUGCGAAUAAACCCCACUCGCACAAUGGAGGGAGCGACGAGAAAGGUCCAGUCUCUGCUUUCUUUGAAAGACUUUGGAUCUUCCUGUUCGGCCCCGACCGCUAA